UCCUGCUGUAGGGUCAACGGAGCCAUGGCUGCUCUGCUGAGAUCAUCGCGCUGGCUCCUCCGCGCCGGGGCGGCCUCGCGCCUCCCGUUCUCCCUCCGUCUCCUCGCGGGCGACCCAGGCCGGCUGCACCCUGUCCCCUGUCUGCCCGCCGCUAGCGCGGGCCCAGCCGCCGGAGACCUAGCCAGCCAAGCCAGGCAAUAUGCUGCUAUUGCUGCUAAAGAACAGAACGACCUUCAAGAGGAGUCCGCGUCUGCUCGUGGAAAGAAUGUCGGACAAUUUGAGUGGGCUCUAAUGAGACUAGAUGAUUCUGUCCGAAGAACUGGCCGCAUCCCAAAGACACUUCUAGAAAAAAUCUUUAUGAACACGUGCCACUCAGUAGGUACCCCUGGCAGUAAUCAAGUCUUGCUUCUUCUGCGCAGCUGUGGUUCUCUCUUGCCUGAACUAACGCACUCAGAGCGAACAGAAUUUGUUCAUAGGAUAUGGGACCAACUUCAAAAAUUGGGUACUACAUAUGACAUAAGUCACUACAAUGCUUUACUUAAAGUCUAUCUUCAGAAUGAAUAUAAAUUCUCACCCACGGACUUCUUGGCAAAGAUGGAGGAAGCAAAUAUCCAACCCAAUCGGGUGACAUACCAGAGGUUGAUUGCUGCUUAUUGUAACGUAGGAGAUAUUGAAGGUGCCAGCAAGAUUCUUGGAUUUAUGAAAAGCAAGGAUCUUCCAGUGACAGAGGCCGUGUUUAGUGCCCUUGUUACAGGGCACGCAAGAGCUGGGGAUAUGGAGAAUGCAGAAAACAUUAUCACAGUUAUGAAAGAGGCUGGAAUUGAGCCUGGUCCAGACACAUACUUAGCAUUGUUGAAUGCAUAUGCUGAGAAGGGCGACAUUGACCGUGUUAAGCAGACUUUGGAGAAGGUGAAGAAGUCUGAUAUUUACCUUAUGGACCGGGAUUUAUUGCAAGUUAUCUUUGCCUUCAGUAAAGCCGGGUAUCCUCAGUAUGUCUCAGAAAUUUUGGAAAAAAUGACAUAUGAAGGAAGAUAUAUUCCAGAUGCAAUGAACCUCAUUUUGCUUUUAGUCACGGAAAAAAUGGAAGAUACAGCGUUGGAAAUUUUAUUAGCAUGUCCUGCACCAAGAAAAGAGAAUCUGAGUGAUUUCGGAAGUUUCUUUUUACAGCAUUGUGUGACAAUGAAUACGCCUGCAGAGAAGCUGCAAGACUACUGUAAGAAGUUAAAGGCAGCCCAGAUGCAUUCCUGUCCUUUACAGUUCACACUGCAUUGUGCUUUGUCAGCCAGAAAAGCUGAUUUGGCAAAAGCUCUAAUGGAGGCUCUGAAGGAAGAAGAUUUUCCUGUCAGAGCUCAUUAUUUCUGGCCACUGCUGGCUGGUCAUCAGAAGGAGAAAAAUGUUCAAGGUAUUAUUGAAGUCCUCAAAGGAAUGCACGAAGUGGGGAUCAAUCCUGAUCAGGAUACUUACAUAACCUACGUGUUUCCUUGCUUUGAUAGCGUAAAGUCAGCACGGACUGUUCUGCAGGAAAAUGGAUGCCCGGUUGACAACGGUACAUUUUCACAAGCUGAAUUGAGAAGUGAAGCACUAAAUGGGAACUUAGACUUUGUUUUAUCAUUCUUGAAAUCAAAUACAUCGCAUUUCUCAUAUCUUUAUUUGAGAGGCAGCGUGAUUUUAGCCUUUAGGAGGUGUGUGGAUAUAAAUCUUUGGAGCAAGAUAACAGAACUGUUCUACAAGGAUAAACGUUAUUACCUGGACCAUCAAGGACCAACAGAAGCUGUUGGCUAUUUUCUUUACACCUUGAUUGACAGCAUGAGUGACUCAGAGGUACAGGCCAAGGAGGAGUGUUUGAGACAAUACUUCCAUCAGCUGAAGAAGAUGAACAUAACAAUUUCUCAAAAUAUCUACAGAGGCAUUCGUAAUAUACUGGAUAGCUAUCGUGUUCCUGAAUUGAUUAAGGAUGUUAAUGUGUUGAUUGAAGUAGAGAAGACAGACUCUGAAAAAACUUCGCAACUUAAAUCAUCUGAUUUGGAGUCUAAACUUGAAAACCUGAAAGCUGAAAAUCAACCUAUAAGAGAUACCCUAAGGCAACUCAUACUAGUGUUGUGUUCAGAAGAGAAUAUGCAAAAAGCCCUUGAAAUAAAAGCAAAGUAUGAAUCCGACAUGGUUGUCAGUGGUUACGCAGCUUUAAUAGGUUUGUGCUGUCGACAUGAUAACGUGGAGGAUGCCCUGAACCUGAAACAAGAAUUUGACCGCUUAGAUUCAACUGCUGUCCUUGACACCAGAAAGUAUACGGAACUCGUAAAAGUAUUGGAAAAGCAUGGCAAGCUCCAAGAUGCUGUUAACAUUCUAAAGGAGAUGAAAGAGAAGGAUGUUGUUGUCACAGAUGGAACAAUCCUGUCCUUUUUCCACAUCCUCAAUGGCGCAGCGUUAAGAGGUGAAGUUGAAACAGUAAAACAGCUGCAUGAGACCAUCGUGACUUCAGGGUUAGCGAAACCAUCCAUCGCCAUAAGCUCCCCAUUGGUCACUGUGUAUCUGGAAAAGGAUGACGUACGUGCUGCUCUUGAAGCCUCCGUGGAGUGCUAUGAAAAAUAUAAAGUACUACCAAGGAUUCAUGAUGUCUUAUGCAAACUGAUGGAGAAAGGCGAGUCUGAUCUAAUUCAGAAAGUGAUGGACUUUGUGAGCCAUGAACAAGGUGAAAUGAUGAUGCUGUAUGAUCUGUUCUUCGCCUUCCUGCAGAUGGGAAAUUACAAAGAGGCCAAGAAGAUCAUUGAGACUCCAGGCAUUAGAGCCCGCCAUGGAAGACUUCAGUGGUUUUGUGAUAGAUGUAUUGCAAGUAAUCAGGUUGAAACCCUGGAAAAAUUAGUGGAGCUGACACAGAAGCUGUUUGAAUGUGAUAGAGACCAGCUGUACUACAAUCUGUUAAGACUAUAUAAAAUGAAUGGUGACUGGCAAAGAGCUGAUGUUGUCUGGAAUAAAAUACAGGAAGAAAAUAUUAUUCCUCGCGAGAAGACGUUGAGGUUAUUAGCGGAAAUCUUUAGCAACGCUAAUCAGGAGGUUCCAUUUGACGUGCCUGAGUUGUGGUAUGAGGAUAAAACACAUGGCCAGAUAGUUUUAUCACCCUCACAUGAAGAAACUGAUUUGCAGAACGAGAUGUUGAAAGCCUGCCAAAGGAAGGAUAGUAAAGGUGCAUAUGAUAUUUUCCUGAAAGCACAAAAUCAAGAUACUGUGUUUUGCAGUGAAGCUUAUAGAACUCUUGUAAAAUUACUGUUGGUGGAUGGUUACACAGACGCAAUGGAGGUGAAACAAGCCGCUGAGACCCACAUCAAGGGCUUCACACUGAACGAGGCUGCCAACAGCCUCCUCAUCCUAGCGCAAGUUAGGCGGGAUUAUUUGAAAGAGGCUCUAACAGUGCUCAGGACGGCCUUGGAUCUGGGGCAGUUGCCUUCGAGGAUGGCAGUGACUCGCCUCAUCCAGGCGUUUGGCUUGAAGGGUGAUGUAGAAAGCAUACAGACAAUUCAGACGAUGGUAAAGGGACUCGAGCAUACAAUUGGACUUUCACGUAUGAUUUUCAUCAAUAACAUUGCUUUGGCACAAAUAAAGAGCAAUAACAUAGAUGUUGCCGUUGAAAACAUUGAAAGCAUGCUCACUUCAGAGAAUUCACCCGUGGAACCCCAGUACUUUGGCUUGACAUACUUAUUCAGAAAAGUCAUAGAAGAGCAGUUGGAGCCGGCUCUUGAAAAGAUAAGCAUCAUGGCAGAGAGAUUGGCCAAUCAGUUUGCAGUUUACAAACCGGUUACCGAUCUUUUCCUUCAGCUUGUGGAUUCAGGCAAGGUGGACGAUGCCAGAGCUCUCCUCCAGAGAUGUGGUGCCAUCGCUGAACAAACCUCAGUUUUGUCGGCCUUCUGUAUUAGGAAGUCACAGACACCAGGACAGACACCAACUCUAAAAUCUUUGACAGAAUUGAUUCCUGAAUUAAAGGAAAAGGAAGCAGCAUACACUUCUAUCAUAAGAAGCUACGCCCUGGACAGUGACGUCGCCUCUGCCAAAGCGUUGUAUGAACAUCUGACCGCAAGGAAUGUGAAAUUGAAUGAUCUGUUCCUGAAGCGUUACGCGGUUCUGCUGAGUAGUGCUGGAGAGCCUGUCCCUUUCACCGAACCCCCGGAAAGCUUUGAGUUUUAUACAAAGCAGCUGAAGGAAUCAAAGGAAGACCCUUUGUGAAGUGUGCAGGCAUUACCUUGUUUUAUGUGUGUUUGUGAUUCUGCAUCUAAAAUGUUAUUUUUUAAAUGUCUUUGAAAGGAAAAAAUAAAAAAAAAGAAAAAUUAAUUUGUUUACAUUUAUUUAUUUGUAAUAUAUGACAUGCUCAGCAUCUUACAAUAACUGUGUACACUGAAUCACUAGACAUUUUUGUUUCUGGCUGUGACAUAAAUCUACAGCGUUUUCUUUGAGGCUCCUAAUGUACGGAGCCCUAAUUUUUCAGGAUUCUCCCAGUUGACUCCAGUUCUUCUGCUCUGUUUCAUUCAUCAUUUUAACAAAAAUAUUGUUCCUUUAUUAAUAGACCUGUGUGUUAAUGUUGUUUAUCUGAAAAAUUUUGGACCGGACAACAUGAGGGUCAAUAAUUUCAAAUUUUAAAAAAUGUUAGUGCUAAAAGACGUCUUGGAAGUCCUCCAAUCCAGUCCUCUUCAUUUCGUAGUGAGAAGCACUUCCCAGGACCAGGGUGCUGUUAGCAGUGCUUCGUGGCGCCUCAGCGGGCCUCUGAUUCAUAGACACCUCUGAAACCAGGUCUCAGUCAUGACUUUUCACCAUGACAUAAAGGGGUUUCAGGUCUUUGUUGGCACAGGCUACACUGUACCCCUACCCCCAGCCUUGUGAUUUAUGUUCAUUUCCUGUGAGUGUGUGAUUUCAUAUAUGAAGGGGAAAUCUUGGUUUGUAUUCAGUUUUAAUAAAAAUCAUCCCCAUAUUGACUUUCAUACCUGCUAAUGUCUACAUUGUGAAUAGUUACUAAAAAAACAUUAUUACCUGCCAAUUUUUAAGAUAGGUAGUUAAGACAAUUUACCACCACGUAAUUGUCUUAAAAUUUAUAAUCUCGACCGAUUAGGUCAUUAAUUACCAAAAAAAGUUGAAAAUGUUUCAUUUGAGAAUGAUCCCCAUUUUGGGUAUUCCUUUUCUAUUUGAAGGCCGUGACUACCUACUUUUUUGGCUUCUGUGACUUUUUUCCACCAUUUAUGUGGAGGGGAGACCUUGCUUUCAGGGAAUAAGUGGGUGUCUUGCUGUCUUGGCUGUUGACCUUGUGGUCAGCGCAUCCGCACCCAGUGCCUGCAGAUGGUGCCAGAGGGAGCGUUCGUACAGGGAAGCCAGGAGGUAAAGGUCAUCGUAGCACCGGCCAUGCUCUUUCUGUUUUUUUAUAGUUAGGCCUGAAGAAUCCCAGGCUCCACAAAUGCUGAGCCCCGGCCUGGAGGACUUGAUUUGGCUUGCCUUUGUGCACUCUCAGGUGUGGGACCACUGCACGAGGUGGUUUUGCUGUCUGAGUUUCCGGGAGCCUCUCU